AUGAGGAAGCAUGCAUUUUGUAUGCUUGUUGUCCGUUAUGCGAAGCGAAGUGAUGAUCACAAAUGGCUUCUUGAACGCAAAGAUAUUAUGGAUUUUGAAUCUAUAGUGAUUGCGGAGACUUGGAGCGAUAUCUGUGAUUUAACAAUGUUCUUGUGCCCUUUGCGAACUGUAAUGUCUGGAUACACGGGUUGCGAGCAUCCAGUCUCUUUGCCUAUGGAAAAUGAACAUCGUGAUGUUCUGUUUGAGGACAUGCUAAAGAAGAUGGAUAAGUGUCUUUUAAGAAUGGAGCAGCACUUAUCUGCAAACGUAAGUGGGGAAAUUGAUAUUGCAUGUCCAGACCUCUACGGUGGAACCCUGCACCUCAAGUAUUUCAACUUCUCUGGUCGAAUGAUAGGCUUAGCUCUGAUGCAUAAAGUACAAGUAGGGAUUGUUUUGGAUCGGGUAUUUUUCUUGCAAUUGGGUGGAUAUUCUAUUUCUCUGGAAGACAUAAGAGAUGCGGAUCCUUACAUGUAUAAUAGCUGCAAGCAGAUUCUGGAAAUGGAUACUGAAUUUAUUGAUUCUGAUGCUUUAGGACUAACAUUCGUCAGAGAAGUUGAGGAGUUGGGAUUGAGGAGAGUUGUGGAACUCUGUGAUGGUGGGAAGGGCAUGGUGGUGAAUAGCAAGAAUAGGAAUGAUUAUGUUGAUCUUCUCAUAAAAGAUCGGUUUGUUACCUCAAUCUCUCAACAGGUAUCGCAUUUUGCACAAGGUUUUGGUGAUAUUCUUAGUGACUUGAGGUUGCAGAAGUUCUUUUUUCAAAGUUUAGAGCUUGAAGAUAUUGAUCAAAUGCUACACAGGAGUGAGAAUGAUAUUUCUGUUGAAGAUUGGAAGGCACAUACAGAGUACAAUGGUUACAAAUCUAAUUAUCCUCAGAUAGUCUGGUUUUGGAAGAUUGUCAGUGAAAUGUCACCUCAGCAGAAAAAGAAUAUCCUUUUCUUCUGGACGUCGGUGAAGUAUCUGCCCGUGGAGGGAUUUCGGGGUUUGGCAUCUCGCCUUUACAUAUACAAGUCUACGGAGCAUGUGAGCCGCCUACCAUCAUCCCAUACAUGCUUUUAUCGUCUGUGCUUUCCACCUUAUCCCAGCAUGACCAUCAUGCAACAAUGCCUUUCCAUCAUCGCUCAAGAACUUGUAGGCUGCAGCUUCGGUACUCAGUGACAAUUCAAUUUCAUCAUCAUUUUGGGGAGGAAAAAGUCCUUAAUUGCACAUGGAAGAUUCAGAUCUCUCAACUUGUACAGCGUAUAGGGCAUCUUAACCAUCUGAUCUAUCAUUGGACGAUUAAAGGGGGUGUUGUAGAUAUUUUGUCUCGUCUGUCUUCUGUCGUUGAGGUCUUUGUAGUUCCCCUCUUUUGACUGUUCACACAUAUUUAUAGAUGCAGGGAAAGUAAGGGUGCAGGAUGAAAGGGAAGCUCAUCCCCUUUGCGGGACUUCAUUUUUCUGGUAGAGAUGGUCACUUUGCUUUGGCAUGUAGAUAUACAGAAAGAUUGACUGCAAUACAUCUCUCUGUCUCUCUCUC